AUGCGAUGCGCGAGCAAGGCCGCCGAGAGCGCGUCUGCACGUCUCUGUGCGGACGCCGAAGCAGAAACCACAGCAACUGAUGUCCCAUCGGUUGCUGAAGCGACUCAGCCUGUGUCACUUGGUGAUGCAGGCGCUGGUCAUGAAGACACUCGUGUCUUCACAGAGUACGAGCUCGGUGUCUCGUACUCUCCUGAUACGGAUGACGGAUCCGUAUCGACGGCAAUUGAAUCCAAGCCGCCUGCCAAGCGUGGCAUGGACGAUGCUUUGCGUCGCAGCAUCUUUGGUUCAUCUGACGAAUCAGAUGAACCAUCGCCGAAGCGAAGGCGCUCGAGGUCGCGAGACUCGGGCGCUAAUAGUGGUGUCGGUUCUCCUAUGGACACCACUUCACAGCGAGGUGCCAGUACUUCUGUCGGCACGUCGCAGGAAGAGCGGGACCGCAAUGUCUUGCGUCUCGCUCCAGAAAAGAAGGCACGGGUGCCUCCAAAACUGAUCCAUCACCUUGACCCCAGCGCGAAAAACUAUCGCGCUGAGAAUGAAUUCUUCAUCGAUGCUUUCUUUAGACAUCGAUGGUACAGUGGGAAUCACAAGCGUGAUGGUCCCUCACUACUUCAAGCGUGGAGCGCCUACAUCCAUAACCUUGAGGAUGUAGGUCGUGACGUUUGGAACGACAAACUUAUCAAAGCUCGUGAAAAGUUUGAAAAGCGAACCCCGACAGGUGCACGCUACAAGCUGCAUCGUCUGUCAAGGGAGAAAGGAUUACCCUGCCUCUCUUGGGGAGACUCGUGCCCAUGUUGUGUGAACAACUCUGCACGAGCACCUAAGGAGGCUUACCUCCUUACCAGCCCGUGGUGGCGCGUACGUGUCUCUAGUGAGAUGUACGAAGGGAUUGACAACCUGAAAUCCCUUUACGACCGUGCCGGGAAGACUUUCUUUGGCGGUCCUUCUGCGGCACAGGAUGUGCCGCGUCGUACUGCUCAACCAGACCCAGUACGUCAACCAUCAGUUGGGAGCGGGGCUCCCAAGUAUCCCAGGACGGGGGAUAGCCGCGCCACCGGACGAGAUAACUCGUCCGACGUCCGUUCACGUCGCGGUGGUUCAACAGCUGCUCAACCAGAUAGCGCUGGCCACCGCGAGAGUCCUCUAAUGGAGGUGGAGGAGGAGGGAAGACGCUCUCCACACAAUCGUGGGGAUCCGUGUGUUCCCGAGAGCUUCUUUGAUCGCGUAACGCAAGGGUUACGCGGCGAUCUCGAACAUGAGCGGAAUAGGCGUCUCCAACUGGCGGACACUGUCUUGAAGCAUCGAGCUGAGUUUGCCUUUGCUCAGCUUGAGAACGAGAGAUCUCUGACAUCUCUUCGUGACGAGCUAAGGGUAGCUCGUGGGAUUGUUGAUCGGUCUCGGGCUGAGAUAACUGCUCUUCAGACCCUUGUUGAUGCCCACCAUCGGGAGCACAAGGCUCUCUGCGAGAUGCUUGAGCGCAAGGGCGUUCUUCAUCGGAAGAAGCAGCGUACUGAUGGUACGGCUUAA